GUUGGGGCUGAGCACAGCCACUCUCCAAGUCCAAAGGAGAAGCACCUCCAACUUGGCCGCCAGCGCCAAUUCCGCAUGUCGGGAACCGUUGGUGAUCAUGGAGGAGGAGGCCUCGACCCCGAGAGAGACUGGUGCCUUUGAUCGGCUGCCUCCAAAUGUAAUCGAACACAUUCUUUAUGUCGCCGAUGCCAACGUCUUUGCAUCUUUGGCUCUACUGAACCGACAAUGGAGGCGGAUAUCAGAGUCGUCGUCACUGUAUGCUUACCAAUUAUCGAAAUGUCCGUCUUUUACAUGGACAAGAGGGGCAACCCCCGCACCGAGCGAGACCGACGGUCUGGCAGACCUCAAACGCCAAUUCCUAGAGGAGACCAGGCGCAAUGCCUUUGAUGUCUUUUUGCGACCUCGUCGCACCCUUGUUCGAUUGAUAUCCAGUUCUAUGAGCUCAUCCACCGCGUUCCCCCAAGGCGAGGUGUUUCGCUUUUCCUUCUCGGCAUACGGUCAACUGGUGCUCUGUAUUAGUUCAUCUCGGAUCGUCGUACUAGAUGUGACCAAAGAACCGGUCGCUGUAAGAUACGAAUUGCAGACUCGCCGGCGGCCUCUAGGUGCAACAAUCCAAGACGAUGGUUCCCUCCUUGCCGUUUUAUCCUCCACGCAUAGGGUCAAUAUUUAUCGACUCUUGAACGACGAGGUCAAGCAUUUCCAAACGAUUACCUUGAAUGAUUCACCUAGAGACUUGACAUUUUCGCCUAUGGGAAGUGUCCUAGCUCUGUCCUUUGAAGACUGCAUUGAGGUGUAUGCAGUGGGAGAAGAGGUUCUGUCGACGGAACGCCGAGCGGCGCGCUGUCCUCGUGUUGAUGCACUAUCUUUCUCCCGAGAUGGUACUAUGUUGCUUGGGUCGCCCGUUGGCAACGACCAGGGUGGCAUCGUCACCAUUACAGCUCCCUUUUACACGGACAUAGGAAUAGAUGCAUCGCCACAGGAGCUCCAAAUGCGCAUGUGGACAGCACAGAUUCUUUUUCCAGAGACCACUCCUAACUUUACUCACGCUUGUCUCAUAAACGGUCACGAGGAAGCGGAUGACAGCUGGAUACUUGGUUACGACAGCGCCCUAGCAGCCUUCCGAGCAAUCAAAGUCAACAACGUUGAUUAUGGCGGUGUAUACUUUGCCAGCCCCUUCUUGGCCGACGAGUUGCGAGAAACGCUGCCCAUUAUGCCCCCGUCUACGGAUAGUGCCGGAGAACUCGCUGCUCUAGGGUUUCAAGACUCUGAAAUAUGGAUAUAUGGCGUCCCCGCACGUCUUGAUGUGACUCUACCGAUCCCCGAGGGACAAGAUGCCAAUGACUCCCAUUUCUGUGGGAAUCAUCAUAGUGAGGGACAAUUGGUGCCCCGCGAUAACCGGGCUCAACUGGAAAAGAUCAUUCAGCAACCCAAAAAGGCACUGAUUCGCGGUCGGCGCAUCACUGAUAUGCAUGGAGUCACAUCUGCUCGCUGGGUGCGAUGUUCUGCUUCAAGCCACCCACGACGUCGGCUCGUUGCUGUGGCACCUGGGGGUGUACGCCCACAAGCGCUCGGCGAAGAAGAUAUCCCGGUGGAUGGGGGGAGGCUACUCAUCUUGGAUUUUGAGAGAUCAACUACGAAUGGCGAGGAGAUUGAGUUGGAUAUCGAAGUAGGCGAGACCGCUCCAGCCAUGCUCACAGAGCCAGACUCUUCACUAGACACUGAAGUAGAGUUGGAAAGACGGAGAACUCGAUUGCACCGUGGAGAUACCGACCCGACAAGCUUGACAGGUCUCGUUCACCGACCUUCGCAUGCAAUCACACGGGAGAACCGUCGCACUGCAAGUCAACAUGCUUUCUCACAUCUUAAUCGAAGCAGUUCUGCCCUUGCAACAUCUCCAGACGGGCCAACUCGUGGUGACGUGGUCGAUAUCCCGUAUGAUAAUACACAGCCACGUUCGCAAGACACACUUCACCGGGCUGCUACAGCUGCGGCAUCCACGCGAGGACGUUAUGAUCCGCGAUAUCGGAAUAAUUCCGGUCGUCGCCAAAUUCCACACGAGAGUGAUGCAGAUAAUUGGGUGCCGCCACCACCGCCUUACACUCGCGAAGCUGAUCAACCUCUGCCAGAAGAUCUGCAGACAGCACUUCUUCCUAGCAGGUCUGUAAGUGCCCAGAAUCAAACAAAUGGAACUGCUCAACCUGUUCAGCGAGCACAAACCGCUCGCGUGGCCCGACAACCCUCGUCGGAUCGACCUCGUCCGCAAUCUGCUUUCCUUCAACGACUUGGUUCAAUUGCUAGCAAUAGACGCUCUAGCAGAGGUAGAAGAGAUUCCUUUUCUGCCGCUGGAGAAACCCCCAGCCUGGAGCGAACCUAUCCAGACAUAUCGCAAGCACCUCACAUACCACAUCAAUAUCUCACCAAUCACGAUACAACAGUCCAGAACUAUCAUGCCUGGCCUAUACGAUCCGAUAUGAGAAACGCAUCCAUACCCAAUCUUCCAGUCGCUACCAACCACCUACGCUCUCUCCAACCCCUCCCAACCCUAACCCUCCACCCCGCCGAACAACCCGCCCAGCAAGAGCAAGCCACACUAGGAGCAACCCUCCUUGGUGAAGACUACCUCUCCUACUCCGUGUCUUCUCCGAAUCUGCUCCACAUACCCCAACCGUCCGGCAACGCCUUAGAUCUCACCGAAGAAGACGAAGAGGCCCAGAUCCCCGCUAGACAGAGAUCAUUCCGCCGGCGGGUGUCGACGGAGCCAAAUAGCUUGCCGCCGCCUGCGAAUGAGGAGUGGCGGAGGCGUAUUGAGGACUGGAACGAACGGACUAUCCGGGAACGGAGCCGAAAACGUCGAAACAAGUGUACUGUCAUGUAGUUUUGUUUGCAUGUGUCUGACUUUGAAGACCGUGAUACCCUCGUUAGAUACCUAGAUAUUGGAAUAUCAUCCGGCAUACACUUUAUAUCAUGGAAUAGAAUAGUUGGGA